GACAACAAGCGCAGCCACCCUGACCUCGUCGAGCUCCCGACCGGGCUGCAGUACCGCGUGCUCGAGUCGGGCAGCAGCUCUGGUGAGCGUCCAAAUGCAAACUCGCUGUGCGAGUGCCACUACGAGGGCCGGCUGGUCGACGGCAGCAUCUUCGACUCGUCGCACGCGCGCGGCCGGCCGGCCACCUUCAAGCCGAGCAAAGUCGUCCCCGGCUGGACGCUGGCGCUGCAGAUGAUGCGUCCCGGCGACAAGUGGCAGCUCUUCCUGCCUCCCUCGCUCGGGUACGGCGAGGCGGGCAUGCCACCGCGCAUCCCUCCCAGCGCGGUGCUCAUCUUCGAGCUCGAGCUCCUCUCGGUGAGCGAG